AUGCCGGAAACAAAGAAGGCUUCAAGUGCGGAUCGUAAAACGGAAACACGGAUGCGUCAGCCGCCGUGGAGAGAAGAAAAAUCAGUGAGACCACAUCAACACCAUAUGCCUGUCGCGUCAACCCUGCGACCCCGAGUUAGACAGCUGGAGUACGUGCGGGCUGUAGGGGAAAUAAUGGACGUUUCGCACCGGAUCGCUGUGCUGUCCUGGCUAGCCGCGUGCCUGAAACUUGCCUCAUUAGGACUAUCCCCAUAG